AUGUCUGUGGUCAACAGUAAUUCGUCGCCGUUGGAACAUGGCGAUUUCGGCUUGCAUCGUGGUUUCAGCACCGGUUCUGACAAGCUGGGACCCAUAGCCACACCUGGCAAUUCUUCACCGAUACAUCAGAGCUCUUUGGGCUUGGCAGGUUCGAGCUCCAGCAAUAACAAUUCGCCUCUUCAUCUGGCUACAAUGCUCAACAAUUUGGCAAUGAGUGGUUCAGCCUCCCAGAGCAACGUUCAAGGUCCAUUUAUUUUGAAAAUGAAAAACAUUCCGAGGGACGCAACGCUACGGGAAUGUCAUGCGAUCUUUGCAUUGGCAGAUGGCGUUCAUAAUAUCAACUUGUCCGCCCAGCCUCCUAGCGAAGCAAAUAACUACACUCACACCAGCGAACUGGAAGUCAAGUUUGACUCUUUGCCUUUGGUUACUCAUUACGCGGCAAUUCUUGACGGGAAAUCGCAUAUUUUCGGGCCUGAAUUUCCCUAUAGAUCUCAAGUGGUGGUUUACGAUGAAGUUUCGCAUCAACACAUUCCGUUCAAUCAACAUCUACAAGCGUCUCCUGACCGUCAAAGUCCUCGAGUGUUAUCUCAAACGACGUUACAGCAUUCACAAACCCUGUCUCAGGAACAACAUCAAGCAGCAUUGCAGUCAAAUGCAAAUGACCAAAAUGAAGAUCUGACAGAUCCACCACAAAGUCAACAACAAAACGCAUUUCAGCUUCCUGGCUCCACCAGCGUGGUUUCGCCACCACAGUCUGCAUCUUCGGCAAAAAGACCUACCCUGUAUGGUCAAAGAUCAAGGUUUUCAUUUUCGGAUCCUUUCAAUACCGAAACUAAUCAACCAUCGCAACCUCAGUCGCAAGAUGUCGCUACUACACCACUAAAGUCACAAGACGCUGGAAAGUCCUUUUUGUUGAUGGAGAAUGACGAAAUUAACGAGAGCAUUUGGGGAUCUAAUGGCGGUAUACCGUCGAGCAUGGGCGGUCUCGCCACAACAACGUCUCAGCCUGCUACACCCUCGCUAGAAUGGGGCCCACCUCAGAGAAAGCAAAGCUCUAGCUUCUUCAACGCUGUGGGUACCAAUACGGCUUCACCUAAUGACAUGCCUCCAAUGAAUAUGUCCGCCGCAUUGCCGCAUCAAAUGGGAUCAUCAUUACAGCAGCAUUCAAACUUACCUUUCACCGUUGUUGGACCUGCCUCUGGAACAAACUCCACACCUGCAGUAAAAAUGGGAUUGGCUCCUCAACCGCAGUCGAGACAACAACAACCACCUCAAAGUCAAAUGGUUGCAGCACCCGCACAAUCCCAAGAUCCCCAAAUUGUUAAUGGAACCCAAAAGCCUUCUGGACAAAGAAAUAGCACUUCCAAAGGUUCUCAACCCAAUAUCACGUUGCCUCAAAAAGCUGCGUCUUCAUCAUCGCUCACUUCUGCAGGUGGAAUCUCUCAAGUGGAUCUGUCACUGUUGGCUCGUGUCCCACCUCCGGCCAAUCCCGCUGAUCAAAAUCCGCCAUGCAACACCCUGUAUGUUGGCAAUUUGCCUCCAGAUGCAACCGAACACGAACUUCGCCAAUUGUUCUCAACGCAAAAGGGUUUCAGGCGGCUGUCUUUCAGGAAUAAAAACACCAAUGGUAACGGUCACGGGCCUAUGUGUUUUGUUGAGUUCGAAGAUGUGGCGCAUGCCACUCGGGCUCUCGCUGAGUUAUAUGGUAGACAGCUUCCCCGUUCGAAUACUCAGCAUAAUAAUAAGGGUGGGAUAAGAUUGAGCUUUUCCAAAAAUCCUUUGGGCGUGCGUGGACCCAACAGCAGAAGAAGUGGCAAUGGUGGAAGUGUUGGCAAUGGGAAUUACAGUUACGCAACUGCCUUCAGCAAGUAA